AUGGUCGGGCAAUCAUGCGUAAAGUUGAACAAUGGAGUGGAGAUGCCUUUGUUAGGGUUCGGUGUGUACCAGAUCGUGGACGAGGAGGAGUGUGAGCGGGUGGUGGUGGAAGCGAUUGAGGCUGGUUACCGUCUAAUCGACACGGCGGCUGCAUAUCGGAACGAGGCGGCAGUGGGUCGUGCGUUGAAGCGCUGCGGUGUACCGCGUGAAAAGUUGUUUGUGACGACCAAGCUGUGGGUGGAGGGUGCGAGUUACGAAGGAGUGAAGGGGCACUUUGCGCGUUCGCUCGAGCGUUUGCAGCUUGAUUACGUAGACCUGUACCUGAUCCAUCAGCCGUUCGGCGAUGUCCACGGGGCGUGGCGUGCGAUGGAGGAGCUGUACGGCGAAGGCAAGAUGCGUGCGAUCGGUGUGAGCAAUUUCACGCCCGACCGCCUCGUCGACUUAAUCGGCUUCAAUAAGAUCCGGCCGGCAGUCAACCAGGUCGAAGUCAACCCGUUCAACCAACAACUCCAUGCCGUCCCAUGGAUGCUCAGCCACGACAUACAGCCCGAAGCCUGGGCCCCCUUCGCCGAAGGCCGCAAUAAGCUGUUCGAAAACCCGCAAAUCACGGCCAUCGGCAAACAAUACAGUAAGUCCGUCGGUCAGGUCGUACUCCGUUGGCUUCUCCAGCGCCAAGUCGUCUCGUUAGCCAAGACGGUGCGCAAGGAACGUAUGACCGAAAACCUAGCCGUUCUCGACUUCGAACUGACAGAGGAAGAGAUGAACAAGAUCACCGCUCUCGACACAGCCACUAGCGCCUUCUUCUCGCACCGGGACCCUGCCAUGGUCGAGUGGCUUAUCAACCGCACACUAGACGUCUAA